ACUGCUACGUAAAAGUCGAGGAGAGGACAACACUUUAAUAUAACUUUGCUAUUUGUGAUUGGUUGCAGUCAAUUUUCGACUAAAUAAAUUUGUGCUUCACAUUUUCGGCAUGGUGAAGAGCUCUUCUCUAGAACAGUGCUUUAUACAGAAGGAACUCAUAUGGAACAACAUAAAAAGUAUAAAAUGGAUGAACCAAAGAGCAUUGGACAAAGAACAAUACCAACCAGCUUUCAUAGAACAUAUUGCCAAUAUAAUCACGCACGGAGUAUGGAUCUUUCCUAGUAUACUAGGAAUGAACGAACUAUACAAAAGAUCCCAAGAUAACGCUCAAGUCCUUUCCGCCAUUGUUUACGGAAUAACUCUGAUAUCUUUAUUUUGUAUAUCUACGUCAUUUCACUGCGUUUUCUAUUGCCAAAAUCAAAGGACUCUCAAGGAUAUUCUUCACCGGUGUGAUAGGGGGAUGAUUUAUAUUUUUAUAGCAGGAUCCUAUUUUCCAUGGCUUACCAUUGAAAAACUGCCUCAAGAAGGCUGGGCUUCCCAUAUGCGUUGGGUCACAUGGCUGAUGGCCAUCAUGGGCGUUAUUUAUCAGCAAAUCUUCCACGAAAAGUACAAACGACUAGAGAUUAUUUUUUACCUGAUUAUGGGGAUUUGCCCAGUGCUUCCAAUUCUAUCCGAGUUGUACCAGUACAAAAUCAAGAAUGUGGAACCCAUGAAAAGCCCAAGUUAUCGACUUAACACCUUACACAAUUAUAAAGGCAACUUAGCCAGAUCUCUCGACACCAUUGGAGGUGGUGGCAUUCUGAGCUCUAGAGCUCUGCACUAUUACGGCAGAAAUCCUUUAGCCUCUAGAAGAAGACUGGAUUCCAUCGGAGGUGGUGGCAUUCUGUCUGCAAGAGGUUUGGACAGUAUUAGAGGAGGAGGUCUUCUUCGAUCUAUUGAUGAUAUUGGGGGCGGAGGAAUUCUCAGCGCGCGGUCAAUGGAUGGUAUUGGAGGAGGAGGCAUUUUAGAGGCCAGAUCUAUGGACGGUAUUGGAGGUGGCGGAAUUCUUGGAGCAAGAUCAAUGGACGGCAUUGGAGGCGGUGGUAUUCUAGGAGCACGAUCAAUGGACGGCAUUGGGGGUGGUGGUAUUCUAGGAGCAAGAUCAAUGGACGGCAUUGGGGGUGGCGGCAUUCUUGAAUCCAGAUCAAUGGAUGAUAUCGGUGGUGGUGGUAUUCUGAGAUCUAUAGACGAUAUUGGAGAUGGUGGCAUUCUAGAGGCUAGAGACAUGGAUGAUAUUGGUGGCGGUGGAAUUUUAGAUUCAAGAGGUCUAUUUGAUGGAGGAUUUUUUGGAUACAGGAAUGUUGAUAACAUUGGCGGUGGUGGUAUUCUGACAGAAUAAUCUACGAAUGGCAUUGGAGGCAGCGGAAUUUUGGAUUCGAAAAAUAAUAGCCGUGCCUAAAGCAAACGUGAAUCAGAAAUUUCUUGGAAAUUUCACUAUUGGGUGAUAAUGUAAAUUUUUGAUUAAUGAUCAAUAAAGACAAUAAUACAACA